AUGGCUCGCCCAAUCGAUUCUGUGAAGGAUAUCCAUGAGUCGAAGGAUUUGUGGAAGAUUGCAGUUAGUUGUAAGCAUAUAUGGUCUGUAACAAGUUCUUCAAACAAAGAACACAUAGAGAUGAUUUUAGUUGAUUCGAAGGUGCGUGAUAUGAUUCAAGCCAUUGUCCCUACUUAUUUGGUUUCCAAAUUCAAGUCCGAACUUGCUGCUGGAAGUUCUUAUAUCAUGCAGAAUUUCAAAGUUUUGAAAAAUGACUUUUCUUUUAAGUCGACUAAUCAUUCUUACAAAUUGGUUUUAUGUGGAUCGACUUCUGUUAAGAAAACAGACCUUCCUGACAUUCCUGCUUACUACCUUAACCUUCUUGGAUUGGAUGCCAUAGUUGAAGGAAUGUUUCAGUCUAAUGUUUUGGUUGAUAUUCUUGGAGGUAUUACUGAGUUUUCUCAAUCUCAAAUAAAUGGAGACAACAACAACAAGGUUGUUUUUACAAUUGUUGAUACCACAUACGCAAAGUUUCACUCAAAUCUGUUGUACAAUGUACGCUUUGGGGUCAACGUGCGGUACAACUUUAUGAAUCAUAAGAAUAAUAAGGAAGAUUCCAAUAUUGUGAUUGUAUUAAUCAAUGCAAGGGUUAAAGAGGCUCAAGGAGGUUUUCCUGUGAGUGUUUCCAACACGUGGAACAGAACGAAGUUGUUGAUUAAUGACCUUCAUUUUGAUGAAGUUAAGAAACUGAAAGAAAGUCUUGGAAAUGAUUUAGCAUUGUUAUCAAUGUCAAGUCUGCAAGUUGAGGCAACCCAAAACUCAUAUUAUUCUGACUUUGACAAAUUUCUUUGGAAAGCUGAAAUAAUGAGUCUCUCUAAGAUUGCAAAUCUGCAACAUGAAACAACCUGUGUGAUUGUUGCAACUCUUGAUAAGUUUGAAGCUGGCCAGAUGGGAUGGUUUUAUGAUGGAUGUGUGGAAUGCACCCGUAGUGUGGCUCUAAAGGAUGGAAAGCUGCAGUGUUAUGAAAAACAUUUAAGCUCAGAGCCUGUGCCAAGGUAUAAGCUUGAAGUAUUGGCUGUUGACGGUAAUUCCAAGGCGAAGUUCAUCUUUUGGGAUACCGAUUGCGUGAAGUUAAUUGGAAUGUCUGCUCUUCAAAUGAAAAUGGAUUUGAUAGAGGUUGGUAAUGUGAUAUACUCUGAUGUAAUGUAUGUAUGCUUAAAAAAUGAUGAAGAUUACCGUAAGAAAAUUAAGGACAGUUUCAAAGGCGAUGAGCACACUUCAAAACUUGAAACACCUGAUCCUUUGUCCCAAGAUGACAUAUCAGUUGUUCUGAACCCGUAUCCAUCAAGUGGAAAUUCUGGGUUGACUCCGUCUAAGAGGUAUCUAACUGAUGUAGUGGAAGGUGUUGAUAGUGUCCAACAAUCCUCAACCAAGUUGACCAAAGACGUUAAAAAGGAGAAAUAG